UCGUGGCUGUGCACCAGCGGAAUAAACACAAAAUAUAUAUUAUUUAUAAAAAACAAAUAACUCAGCGUCUACUCUGAUUAUUUAAUUAGCGCUGAUCUGUCAUAAAUGCUCGCCAAAAAAGUGUGUUAUCUUAAAAAAUUCGCUCAAUUCGCUCAAUUAUACAAGUUGUCAUCGCUAUUGUGCUUAAGUGAAAUUUGUUGUAGCGGUAAUCAAAACAAAAGCCGUGCAAAUAAAUAAACAACAACCGCUUAUACUAUACAUCCACAUAAUUGAACAAGUGCAGUGCAGCAGUCCGGUUUACCGCAGAAAUCUUAUAAUAAUGGCAGCAAGUGCGGAGAGCGCCAUCUCUAUGUCACAGUUAGAGCUUCAUACAGAGCAUAGACUUUACGCACGCUUACGCGAGCUUUACGAUUUUUAUCGCCAUCAGUUCGGUGGUGAACCGGAAUUCUUCGUUCGCAUGCCUGGACGCGUCAACAUAAUCGGCGAGCAUGUGGACUAUUGCGGCUACCCCGUCUUACCGAUGGCUAUUGAUCAGUGCAUACUGCUGGCGGUUGGACGCAAUGAGGAAGAUACAUUUCUACAGUUACGCAAUGUGGAAACAAAGCGUUAUGAAAACUUCAAAUGCGAUUUGAGUGCGCUCAGCAUUGAUUUGCCGCAAAAUGGUGCACCAAAAUGGUAUAAUUACUAUCUGUGUGGUGUGAAAGGAAUCUAUGAGCAAAUCCAACAAACGAACAACGGUGAACUAACGCGGCCCAUCGGCAUGCACGUCGCGUUGAGCGGCAACAUACCGCCAGCUUCGGGUUUGAGCAGCUCCAGCGCACUGGUCAGCGCCGCUGUAUUGGCUACGGCAUACGUGCACCAAUUGCCAUUGGAACGCAAACAGUUGGCCGCCAGAUCGGCACGCUGUGAACGCUACAUUGGCACACAGGGCGGUGGCAUGGAUCAGGCCAUCGCCUACCUGGCCAAAGCUGGUUGCGCACAAUUCAUUGAAUUCCAUCCGGAGCUGAAUGCCACACCCAUACAGUUGCCGGCUGGUGUGUGCUUCAUUGUGGCAAACAGUUUGGCAGCAAAGAACAAAGCCGCCUCGUCGGAUUUCAAUGAACGCGUAGUGGAAUGUCGCUUGGCUGCGCGCAUUAUUGCCAAGCAUAUGAAGUUCAGCAAUUGGCGUGGCAUGUUGCGCUUUGUGCAGUUGCAAGAGGCGCUGCAUUGCACGCUCGGCGAACUGGAAGAGCUAGUGUUGAAAUGGCUGCCAAAGGAUAUUUACACACGGGCAGAGUUGUGUACCGACGAGUUGGAGGUCGACGCCGAGGAAUUCGAGAGGGAAUUUCUCACCGCCAAUACGCGGCACAUGACACAAUUCAAACUGAAGCAACGCGCUCUACACGUUAUACAAGAGUCACUGCGUGUGGCGAAAUUUCGCGAAAUAUGCGAGCGCCACCACACCAAACCGCUACACAUCUGUAAUGGCGUGAGCGGGAAGUCAAACGGUAAUGGUGUCAAUGAUGCCACAAAGCCAUUUACGCUGCUGUCAGAAUUGAUGCGUCAAUCACACCAAAGUCUUAAAGAGCUCUACGAGUGUUCGCACACCGAUCUGGAUCGUUUGAUUAGCUUAUCUGAUGCGGCGGAGGUGGGCGCUAGACUCACCGGUGCCGGUUGGGGUGGCUGCGUGGUCGCCUGCUGUGACUCUUUGGAAUCCUCUAAGCGGUACAUAGAAAUGCUGAAAGCGAAUUACUUUAAGCUGCUGCCACAAGACUUGCUCGAGCAGUUUGGCGCCAAUGACUUCGAUGAUGUUGUGUUCGCCACAUUUCCGGGUAAUGGCGCAGAAAUCUUUCAACUCAACUUUGUAUCCCGUUAAUUGACAAGCGUUGCCAAAAUCUUGCUAGUAAAUAUAUAUAUAAAUUUUUUAUAUAAUCUGCCAUCCAACAUAGGGUGAACAAUCAAAUGUGUAAUGAAAUGUAAACAAAUCUUUUUUCUCUUUUACAAGAAAUAGCUAAAUGCAUUUUUAUACGUAAGCAUGUAAAAAACAGUAUUGAACU